AGUACGCUGAAUGUAUGGUCAGCGGAAAAUGCUUGAAUACAGCUUUUGCUCCUUGGGUGGACUUUAGACACGUGCAGAGUCGAAGUGAAAUAUUUUAUUGAUUUUUAUCACUUUCAUUUGAUCAACUGCUAACUGCGAAGAAUAUAAAUGGUGCGACCUAAAAAACAAAGCAAGAGAAUGACUACGAAGAAGAGGAAGAAGAUUGAAAAGAAGGUUAGGGAACACAAUCAGAAACAGAGAAAGGAGAACAAUUUGAAUCGAAACAAAAAAAGUGAAUGCAAAUUUUGCUGUAGACAUAUCAGGGCAGGCAUUGUAAAUUUGUUGCUUUAUAAUGGCCAGAUGAAAGAUAUAUUCUCCAUAUUUUUCUCGUUGCAUUGUGCACUAUUAUUGUACGACAAUGGCAGACACUUUGUAAAAUAUUGGGGGACUUGUCCUCAAGGCAUGACAUUUAGGAAGAGAUCCCGGGGCAUACCUAUAGGAAGCAAGAAAGAUCCCGGUGUUCCCAAUUUAUGCCCCUUUAAACACAAGAUUUUGGAAGAAGUGGAAAGAAGGAAACUAGCGCAAGAAGUGGAAAAACAAAAGCGAAAACAGAAGAGAGAGAAGGAGGUGAACAAGAAACGAAAUUUACAAACUCUACAAGAAUAUGCUGCGAAACGAAGCAAAGAAUUUGAACGCAAGAUGGCUCAUAAGAAGAUCAAUGAAGAUUUUUCUGAAAGUGAUUCUGCUCCAGUCGAGACAUCCAGGAAAGCCUAUUACAAAGAGUUCAAAAAGGUUGUUCAAAAUUCAGAUGUUGUCCUGGAAGUGCUUGAUGCAAGAGACCCAUUAGGCUGCCGAUGUUUUAAGGUCGAAGAGGCGGUUUUGUCUGCAGGCAGCAACAAAAAAGUUGUUCUCGUCUUGAAUAAAAUCGAUCUUGUGCCAACCUCGAUUGUUGAGAAAUGGUUGAAGCACCUACGAAACGAGUUCCCUACAAUUGCCUUCAAAGCAUCGACACAAACACAAAAGCAACAUUUGGCUCAAAGUAAAGUACCAACAUCGCUUGCCUCAAAAGGCUUACUUUCGACCAGUCAAUGCAUGGGAGCUGGCACUCUUAUGAAACUAUUGGGAAAUUACUGUCGAAAUAAGAAUAUCAAAACAGCGAUAACUGUUGGUGUUGUAGGAUUUCCGAAUGUGGGUAAGAGCAGUUUAAUAAACAGCUUAAAAAGAUCGAGAUCGUGCACUGUUGGUGCCACGCCAGGUGUCACAAAAAACAUGCAAGAGGUUCAACUGGAUAAACAUGUAAAGCUGCUUGACAGUCCUGGUAUUGUCAUGGAUUCUGGAACCUCCGAUAGUUCAAUCAUUUUAAGAAACUGCGUUAAGAUUGAAUCUCUUCAUGAUCUUAUUAGUCCUGUUGAAACGAUUUUAAAGCGAUGCGAAAAAAAGCAGGUCAUGGAAAAAUAUCGUAUUCCAGACUACGAAGAUACCAAUCAAUUUCUCUGUGAACUCGCGAAGAAAAUGGGUAAAUUAAAAAAAGGUGGCGUUCCGGAUGUGAACGCUGCUGCUAAAGCAGUACUUGGUGACUGGAACAGUGGGAAAAUCGUAUUUUACACUCAUCCACCUGAUCAACAUCAUUUACCUGCACAUGUAUCAGCUGAAAUUGUUCAGAGAUGGGGAACUGAGUUCGAUUUGAUAAGUUUAGAGAAAGAAGAAAGCGAUGAAAUGAGAAAUAUGAAAGAACUCACACGUACCAUUCAGGACGCUUUAAUACUGACAUCAAGCGAGGCAUCUUCAUUUACACUCGAUGAAGAAAUGGAAAGCACACCAGAUGAAAUUGAAAAUGUGGAAAGCCUGGAUAAAAAUGAUGACAUUGAGGAAAUGGAAGAUGACGAAAAAAAUAACCAGUCGGACAUGACAGUUGUGUUGUCUAAACAAACCUCGAUUGAUCAUCUUGAUUCAAAGAUGAGAAAUACUAUCGAAAUUAAUGAAUUCAAUCAGCAGAUUAACAAGUCUCAAAAAAAGGAGAUGAAGAGAAUUAAAAGGAAUAAAAGAAAAUCGAAAGCUAAAGCCAUGGUAAAAAUGGAAGAGCGUAUGGUCGACAGCAGCAAUGAAGAUUAUGAUUUCGAAACAGACUUAACGGGAGAAACUUAAAGAUAUUUCAAGAUUUGAGGUAACAUUUUCAUUUGUAAAUAAUCGGAGAUUGAAGUCAUGGGUUAUCGUUGUGGACAGGUAUCAUUCGCUGCUUGCAUUAGAAAUAUGGCUUGACUGAGCGUACGUAGAACAUUGGUGUUUUAACAAUAUUUUAAACAGUCGGAUAUUCUUGUCUCAAUAUCACUCAAAUAAUCAAAUUGAAUUACAAUUGAAUGGAGUAGAAAUUAAAUUCAACGAAGCAUCAAAGUUUUUACAAGGUGUGAGUUUUUGGCACUCUUAUCAAUGCUAAUCGUAAAUUUAACUAUAAUGUGAAGCUCAUCUUUGCAUUUGAAGCCCUUAUAUAGGGUGUACCAAAAAAACGGAACCCGUACGAAUAAUUAUUUGAACAUUAAUUAAAAUCUACAUAAAUUAAUUAGACUACAAUUGCUAUUUGUUCCGCCUGGUUUGAUUUAGUUACACGCUAGUUUGUCCAUGUUGUUGUGCGUUAUGGAAAAUAUGAUUACGUUUUUUGUUACUGUUAUAACUCAGUUAAUGUUGCUUUGAUUUACAAAACUUUUGCGUGAUAAAUUUGAGACGAACAUUAGUGUAUGACAUUACUUUUGACUUGUUUUUGCUUUUACUAUUACAAACCAUAGAACUGUCAAGUUCAUUAAACUGUGCUUAAUGGCAAUUACAUUAUUGUGCGUAAUAGUUUCAGUGAAACAUAAUUAAUUUAUGUGGGUUACGUUUUUUGGGCGGAUAUUUUUACAAUCGAAGUAUAAGAGAAAUAACAUCAAAUUCUGGGCCACAGAAUAAGGAAUAUACCGAAUGGUCACUUCACUGUACAACUUGAUGUUGUAUAUUUAGGUAGUUUAUUGGCUGCUGUUAGCCAAUUCAUCAUUCGUAUUUGUCCAAAAAAGCAAUUGACUGGUUGCCAUGAAAGGUUAAUGAUAUGCGUAAUAAGAUAUGCGUGGCACAAAAUAUUUCAAUGGAGUUACCUUUCUUUGUAUUUUUAUUCUAUGUCAGGGCCUUAAAAAAGCAAAAAAGGAUUUGCAGAAUUCCAAGUUCUAGAUUCUAGUUUCUUUAACUUAAAUGGAUGUGUAAAUAAAAAUAUAUAGAAUGUAGAGAUCAGAGCAGUAUGCAAACAAUGACAGCACAUGUAUUAGUGACACUUUUGAAACAUUGUUGAUUCUAUUGAACCUAUUUACAAAUCUA